UGCCAUGCUCAAUCCCAUCUUAACCGAUCCAUGGCAGUCUUUGACCACUUGGUUCCAAAAUGACAAUCCUACGCCAUUUCACGUGGUGCAUGGGAUGACAUUUUGGGAUUAUGGGAACCAGGACCCGACCCUUGCACAUUUUUUCAAUGACGCCAUGGCUAGCGAUGCCCGGUUGAUCUCAAGCUUGGUGAUUGAUGAGUGCAAGAGGGUGUUUCAAGGAGUGGAUUCGUUGGUUGACAUCGGCGGUGGGACAGGAACCGUGGCCAAGUCCAUUGCUGAUGCAUUCCCUCAUAUGAAAUGCACUGUACUUACUCUCCCUCAUGUAGUUGCUGACCUAAAAGGGAGUAAGAACUUGGAAUAUGUUGCAGGGGACAUGUUUGACGCUGUUCCUGCGGCCGAUGCUAUUUUUUUUAUGUGGAUAUUGCAUGACUGGAGUGAUGAAGAAUGCGUGAAAAUACUUGAGCGAUGUAAAGAGGCAAUUACAAGAGAGGGCAAGAAAGGCAAGGUGAUUAUCGUAGAUAUGACGGUGGAGAACAAGAAUACAGAUAAGGAAUCUGGGGAAACACAACUUUUCUUCGAUAUGCUGAUGAUGGUUAUGACUACAGGAAAAGAAAGGAAUAAGAAAGAAUGGGCUAAGCUCUUUUCAGACGCAGGUUUCAGCCACUGUAAGAUUACUCCAUGUUUGGGUUUAAGGUCUCUCAUUGAGGUUUAUCCUUGAUUUAUAAUGAAG